GCCCUCUAAGUAAAGCAUGGUGGAAAAAAUUCAAUUAAUGGUGAAUCUGUAUAUCUGAUGUUUAACUUUAAACUUAUAAUUGCAUGUUUACUUUCGGUUCUUUGCUUAUCUUGAGAAGAAAAUACCUCAGAAAACAAUUGCUUGCAAGAACGAUGAAAUUUUCUGUACUUCAGCAGGGACCUGAUGAGAGUCGAUUAGGAAACCUAAGUGAAUUAUGGAAAGAUUCAGAAAAAAUUGGAGACUUUCAAACACCCCUCUGUUUACUUUACUCAAGAGCUGGAAGUAUUCCACACUUAACCAAUGAAGUUUUACAGUAUUUGAACAAACCAAUAAUUCCAGUUGUGUUCCCACUUCCAUCAAUAGUUGGUUUAAUUGAGCCAGCAAAAAAGUAUGGGCACGGUAUUGGAAAAUUUGUGGGACUUGAAGAAUACCCAGUUUACAUAUCUGUUCAAGACCCAGUCGAACCAGCACCAUCAGGGUACAAUGAUAAGUCUGGCAUUUCAGUAUGGAGCACUGGAGGAAGAGUUCGUCUUAAUGUGGACCAGUUUAUGGCAGCCGUAGAAUCAUUUCGGCCUGCUUUUUAUCAAGUACUCUGUGAUAGUGAUACACCACAAGAUUCAUCCAGAAAACGAUUGACACAUUCUGUUGAAAGAUCACUCGUACAUUUAGAUAAGUGUUUAGAAAAACAUCUGAGGUCUGAUAAAUUAAAAAAUACGGCAGUUUUUGGUUCUGUGGUUGGAGGAUUUUCUCCCGAUGCUAGGAAAAAGUCUGCAAUGCAGACAGUUCUAAGACCCGUUGAUGGCUUUGUUAUCGAUGGAUUCCACUGGAAUAACUCGGACCUAGGUCUUUUGAAUACGUUCGAACAAAUGUUGCCAAUACUGAAAGAAACAGUUACACUUUUACCUUCAGAUAAGCCAAGAGUUUUACAUGGUGUAUUACCACCUGAUAUGAUCCUCGAAGCAAUAAAAUGUGGCAUUGAUCUGUUUGAUGCAUCCUAUGCAUUUGCUGUGACUGAACGCGGAGGAGCUCUUAUGGUCCCCGUCAGUAUAGGUAAUUCACCUGGAAACAUUUUAAUAAAGGAUGGGUUGAAGCCACUGAAUUCCCAUUUCAAAUACGAAAUUGAUUUGAAAAAUGAAAUUUAUCGAGAAGAUUUCUCCCCUAUUUUGGAAGGCUGUGCAUGCUAUACAUGCCGUCAGUUCUCCAAGGCAUAUAUACAUCAUUUAUUAAAUACAUCUGAGAUGUUGGCAUUCGUGUUGUUGAUGCUUCACAAUUUACAUAAUUUUUUAAGUUUUUUUUCAAUUAUUAGAGAAUUGAUAUCUAAAGGAGAAUUAGAUAAAUUACAGUUUUAAGUAAGUUUUUAUUCCACAGACUCGUUUUAAAUUAUUAUGUAACACUAUUAAUGUGAAAAUAUAAUGGCAAAAUUUUAUUAAAAAUCAUUGUAGUACAAUCAAUAAGAACUCAUCGUGAAAUGCUUAUUUUCUAAUCAAAGACAUCCAUUUUAAUGCCAUAAUCAAUUUAACAUCCAUAUUUUUUAUUGAUUCUAUGCUCUGUGUUUACCUGUGUAUGUGUUAGCUGUUUCAUUUGUGUAUUACUUGAGAUAAACAGUUGGAGGAUGGUGCCUCUGUCACCUAAAUAUGAUAUACUUUUAGUCAGAAUCACAGUCAAGACAAAGAACAAUGAAGAGAAUGUAUUUAACCAUUAGUAGGUUAAGACAAUUGACUUGCAAUCUGAAGGUUUCAGAUUCGAAUCCCCUUCCAACCAAACAUGCUCGUACUUUUAGCUGUGGAG